AUGAAUGGUUCGCGCCACAGUGUGGGCAUGGCUGUGCUGGAAGCACUUGCUGCCCGGCUGAGGUUAGCUGAAAGCUGGCAUGGCGAUAGGCACGUUUCCGGUGAGGUCAUCGUAUCUGACAUCGAGGACACCCAAAUUGUGCUUCUCCGACCACGACUACCGAUGAACAUAAACGGUGUAUCCGUGGCCAAAGCAGCGGUCAAAUACAGCAUCAAGCCUGAGCACAUCCUCCUGGUUCAUGAUGACUUGGACAAGCCCCUUGGGAAGCUUGCUAUGAAACAAGGAGGGAGCGCCAGGGGUCACAAUGGUGUGUGGUCCUGUGUUGAGUGUCUGCAGACAGAUGUGAUGCCCAGACUCCGUGUUGGGAUUGGCAGACCAUCGGGUGAAACAUUAGUGAACCGGCAUGUUCUGGGGCGCUUCUCUCAGGAGGAGCAGAAGAUUCUCAGCGGGGUUCUAGAGCAGAGUGUGGACAUUCUCCUCUCCCAGCUCACUGACGAGGAUGUGCAGUCCCCACUGUUGCCACCAGGAGGCAGACCGGCAUUACAGACUGGGAAACGGAGGCCAGCCCCUCCCCCACCAGGGCACUUUCCCAGCCCCUCUGAGUGGUCAGCCUGGGAGAGUGCAGUGGUGUCCUCAAUAACUUUUCUCUGA